GUCACUUCGUAAUAUGAAGUAACUUAGAACAUUUAAAGAACUUAUAAAGUAUUUUCUGUAUAGUUUUAUAUCUGAACGGGUCGUAAAUAUUUAGAAUGGGAAAUCUUGUUCGUUUAAUGGUGGCCGGAAUUAUAUCUGUUUUCUUGCAAUACGCAGCAGGAAUACGUUGUCAACAUCCGUGGGUGUCUUUUGGAAGGAACUGUUAUUAUUUUUCAUCGAAGAAAGAAGUUAAUUUCUAUGUUGCAAUGAAUGCUUGCAACUCGAUGGGAGGUCAUCUUCUUGAAAUACAAAAUGCACGUGAAGACAAUUGGAUAGCUUUACAAACAAACAAACGAGGCUAUAGAUAUGGGGUGUGGUUAGGGUUUCAUGACAUGCACCAAGAGGGAAAUUAUGUGACCUUGUCCUCUGGCGGUGGAAAGAUUUGCUACAGCAACUGGCAUAGAGGGGAACCAAACAAUUAUGGAAAAAGUGAGCAUUGUGCAACGUUUAGAAGUACGACAAGAACUUGGAAUGAUGCUCAUUGUAAAGAAAUAAUGAAUUAUGUUUGCAAAAAAUAAAUUUUUUACAGAAAA